CCCGGGGACUUCAAAUCUCCAAGAGACUCUGAAGGCCACGGAACUCAUACUUCGUCAACUGCAGCAGGGCGUGAAGUGGCGGGAGCAAGCUACUUAGGGUUAGCUAAUGGGACUGCCAGAGGAGGAGCCCCUUAUGCAAGAAUUGCCAUGUACAAGGUCUGCUGGGCAUUUGGAUGCUCUUCUGCAGAUAUUCUUGCAGCAUUUGAUGAUGCAAUAGCUGAUGGUGUUGAUAUUCUAUCAGUCUCCCUCGGUUUUCCUUGGCCAAUACCCUACUUAGAAGAUCCUAUUGCCAUCGGUGCCUUCCAUGCUAUGAGAAAGGGUAUAUUGACCUCAAACUCCGCUGGAAAUUCCGGGCCCUGGCCUGCAACAGUUUCUAACUAUGCACCUUGGACACUGACUGUUGCUGCUAGCACCAUUGAUAGAAAAUUCAUCGCUCAAGUAGCGCUUGGAAAUGGAAAAGUUUACAAUGGACUUUCCGUCAACAGCUUUGAUCUAAAUGGUACCUCUUAUCCCUUGAUUUGGGGAAGAGAUGCAGCCAACUAUUCUGCAGGUGGUAAUCCAGAUGUCGCAAGAUACUGCUUCCCUGGGUAUAUGAAUUCAUACAAGGUUUCUGGAAAAAUUGUUUUCUGUGAAACCCUCUGGGAUGGUUCUGGCAUUCUUCUGGCCAAUGGUAUAGGCACCAUAAUGGCAGAUUCAUCUUUCCCUGAUUUCGCAUUCAAUUACCCAUUACCAGCAACGGUGAUCAGCACCGAAGAGGGACAGCAGAUUCUGGAUUAUAUAAAAUCAACAAAAAAUCCAAUUGCAACUAUACUGGUUGGUGAGGCCUGGGUUGACGCCAUGGCACCUUCUGUUGUAUCGUUCUCUUCUAGGGGUCCAAACCCUAUGACCCCAGACAUUCUCAAGCCUGAUAUCACUGCACCUGGUGUGGAUAUCCUUGCCGCUUGGUCCCCUGUCGCACCACCUUCUAUGUACUACAAUGACAAAAGGAGUUUCGAGUUCAACAUAAUCUCGGGCACAUCCAUGUCUUGUCCUCAUGCUAGUGGUGCUGCUGCCUAUGUGAAGGCGGCUCACCCUGACUGGUCCCCAGCUGCCAUCAAAUCCGCACUCAUGACCACAGCUAGCAUCAUGGAUGCUAAGAAGCAUGAUGACCGCGAAUUCGCUUAUGGGUCUGGCCAUAUUAACCCAGAGGGCGCACUAGACCCUGGGCUUGUCUAUGAUGCAUCUGAAGGUGACUAUAUAAACUUCCUAUGCAAGCAAGGUUACAACACAACCACUCUGAGAAAAAUAACUUGGGACAACAGCAGUGUCUGUACCAGCACGGAACCUGGAAGAGCUUGGGAUCUUAACUACCCUUCCUUCUCGGUAGCAGUAGAAGAUGGACAGCAGAUCCUAGCUAUUUUUAACAGGACAGUCACGAAUGUUGGCUCGGAAAAUUCCAUCUACACUGCUAGCAUGUACAUACCCACCUCAAUUGGCGUAACCGUGGAGCCUUCUGUUCUGUCAUUCUCCAAGGUUGGAGAGCAAAAGUCAUUUCUGGUGAUGGUCUAUGGCCCCCCGAUCACGCAGCAGCCAAUAAUUUCUGGGGCAAUCAUGUGGAAAGAUGGGAUUCAUGUAGUCAGAAGCCCACUUGUGAUCUACACAAUUCUCCCAGGCUCUACCUACUCUUCUUCCUACUCUCUUCCGCAUAAAACUCCCAAUUUUGAAGGUCUUUCAAUGUACCACAAGAAUGGGAUUCUUACUGGCAAGUAAUAAAUCUCCUUGGACAUCAGAUUGAACUUAGCGAUAUCAACUAAGCUUUUUAAGAAUAUUACUUUACAGCUUCUUUCAAUUAUG